GUUUAUAUCUAAAAUAAUAUUGGUGAAACAAUAAACCAUAAAUUUUAUUAUUUUAUGGUAAAUAAAUACCCAACCAAGAUACAAAUGUUCGCAGUAGUUUUUCCAAUUUUAUUGCUAUGAAGUUUCUGGGAGUUUUAAUUUCAUUCCUACUGCUAAUAAAAAAAUAUGGAUGCAGUGACGUUGGGUGGCCUCUGAAUAUCCCGGUUGAUCCAAGACGAAUAUGUACAAAACUGAAUACAGCACUCUUAACAGAUGAACACCAGACUCUACCACAAACCCGAGUCCAGUGCGUUUAUGUCUCGAAUUUUAAGAGUAAAGUGGAUGGAAACGCUAAUUUAGAUCAAUAUAAAGCCUUUUUUGAUGCAUCCCAAACAGCUGAGACACUUGAGUCACGUAGUAUGAAUUUAACAAAUGUUCCAGUAAAUGUUAUAUCACGUUUACCAAACCUUCAGGAUGUGAAUCUUAGUUUUAACAAAAUCCAUAACUUACCUGAAGACUUAUCUAAUUAUGCUCCUAAUAUAUAUUCGCUUACUUUAUCGAACAACCAAGUACAUGUACCAGAUGAUGGACCCCUUUUAGUGUCCAACACUCUGCAAAGUUUACAAUUAAAUGAUAAUGGAAUUAAUAAGUUAUAUGUAUCAACGUUUGAAAAGUUACCUAACUUACGCGAUUUAUUUUUAUACUCUAAUAACCUACAAGAUCUUUCUCCUAUAUAUGGAAAGGUACCCAAUUUAAAAUAUUUAGACGUGGCAGAUAACUAUAUAGAUCAUUUACCUUCAAAAAGUGAUAUAUCCGAAGCACUAGAAGAUUUUGUUACCGAACCGCAAAAUGUACGAUUUACGGAGUCUACGCCCGUUGCUUGAAAUAUUAUACAGGGGGAGGGUGAUUGAAAUAUCCCAAUAUAUCAAUCAAUGCUACAAUACUAUUAUUUUGUAAUUUGAGAAACUCUCGUUAAUAAAAUAUAUUUAUUUAAA